AUGUCACCGUCCAGGUGGGGCUUGGCGCCCCCCUCGGUCUCUUGGCAUGAGGGAGACGGGGAGCUCCGGCUCAUCCUGGUCGGGAAGAGCGGCGGCGGGAAGAGCGCCAUGGGCAACACCCUCCUGGGCCGGGAGGAGUUCGAGUCCGUCCUGGCAGCAAACGCCACCACCCUGCAGUGCCAGAAGGCGCAGGGAAGCUGGAGUGGCCGGCGGGUCUCGGUGGUCGACACGCCAGACUUCUUUCCCUUGGGAGCCUUCCGGGGGAUCGUGUACUCCGAGAUCUGGCGCUGCGUGGAGCUCUCCCGGCCUGGCCCCCACGCGCUCGUGUUCGUGACCCAGGUGGGCCGCUUCACUGCCGAAGACGAGGCGGCUGCGAACCGCGUCCUCGACCUGUUUGGGGUGGAGGCCGCCCGGCGCAUGAUGGUCUUGUUCACCCGCAAGGAAUAUCUGGGCGGGAGCUCCUUGCAGGACUAUGUGAGGCGGUCGGGCAACCAGGCCCUCCAGAAGCUGGCCCAGAGGUGCGGGGAUCGCGUCUGCGCGUUCAACAACGGGGCCGUGGGAGCAGAGUGCGAGGAGCAUGUCUCGGAGCUGGUGCAAGCGGUCCUGGGAAUCGUCCAGGAGAACGGCGGGAGCCAUUGCGUCAACCCGCUCUACUCUGCAAGCAACCCGAGGGAUGAAGCAAUCCGGUCUCUUGUGAGGGAGAACCGGAAGGCCCGGAGGAAGGCCGAGCUUGCGGAGCUGUGGCGCAGCAAGCGGCGCUUCGCGGGGAUUCUCCUCGGUAUCGUCUUCACCGGGAUCGUGGUGCUGGUGCCGCUUGUGCUUCGCCUCGACUGA